GAGGGUGGGGCUGGGUCGCUUGCCAUCCAUUGAGCCUGCCAUCGCCUCCCCGAUUCUGGCCCCGGAUGCCAGGCGCCCUCGGCCUCAGUGCAGGGUCACAAACGAGCUGCUCUGUAAGGCCUACGACACAGCGGCACGGGAACUCCCUCUCCCACCUGAUACUGGCUGUCUCUACCUCUCUGCAGCAGGCUCCGGCUGAGCCUUCUUUGCUGGGCCUCAGUGAUGCAUCACUGCAAGCCUUUGCCCUCCCGAUUCUGGCCCCGGAUGCCAGGCGCCCUCGGCCUCAGUGCAGGGUCACAAACGAGCUGCUCUGUAAGGCCUACGACACAGCGGCACGGGAACUCCCUCUCCCACCUGAUACUGGCUGUCUCUACCUCUCUGCAGCAGGCUCCGGCUGAGCCUUCUUUGCUGGGCCUCAGUGAUGCAUCACUGCAAGCCUUUGCCCUAAUGCUAGGGAAUUGGGACGAGUCAUGUCCUUAUGGUGCAGACUCGUCGCCAGGUUUGGCCUGCUUAGUCACCACUGUCGGAGACAUGUCCUCCGGAGUGUGCCAGUCGAGUCAGGGGAGCUGUUUGGGGCAGCUGCCCUGUAGGCACUGGAGCGUGCUGCCCAAGCUAGGCAGACCAGGCAGCAGCUAUCGGGUCUUUUAUAGGCCUGUGCCCACUCCCAGCAGGCCCAGGGGCCCCUCUAGCAGCCGCACUCAGCCAUCAGCUUACAGUGGUGGUCUGCGCAGGUCCCAGCGGCCCACUCAUCCGUUGUGCCCCCGGCUGCCGGCCUUCUAG